GUCCUACUCUAGUGCCGUAAUUAUCACUACUUAAGAGAAUGCGGUUCAUCAUAUUAGCAACCCUAGCAGCUGUUUGUUGCAUGGUUCGUGCGGUACCAAGCGAAGGCUGCGGUCCUAAUGAACAGUAUUCUGAAUGUGGCUCUACCUGUCCGAAAACGUGCGAUUCCAUCAAUCAAGAACCUAGGCCAUGCAGCAUGUUGUGCGUUAAGGGAUGUUUCUGCAAAGAGGGUUACGUUCGGAACUCUGAAGACAAAUGUGUACGUCCGUACGAGUGUUCUAGGCAACCCUGUGAUAUUCCGAUGCCAAAACCUUGCUCUGUUAAUAUAAGACAGUGUAACGUAACUCAAAUAAACUACUACAGCAGUCACUGUCCGAACCCCAACACAAAAAUGAAACUAGCACUAGCUGCAUAUUUUGCUGCCAUCAUGGCUUGUGCUGCCUGUCAAUAUGUUUCGAACUGCCGCGGUCCAAAUGAAGUGUUUUCUAAAUGUGGCUCGCCAUGCCCGCUGACCUGCGACUCGUGGCGAUUGGGACCAGGAAAAUGCGACUUACCGUGUCAACGAGGAUGCUUCUGUCAGCCCGGUUUUGUUCGCAACUUCCAAGGAGUUUGCAUAGAGCCGGCUCAGUGUCCAGUAGCACGCGACCGUCCUCCUUAUCGUAGUUACCACUAGGGUAUACUUUGUUAAAUUAUAAUACAAUUACGUUAUUUUCGGGUUAUUUAUUUGAAUUAUUUUGAUUAUGUCUUAUCUCGAUACUAAAAGAAAUAUAGUGUAGAAUGAUAAAAAAUUUGAAAAUGAAAACAUCACAUUUUGAAAAUAGUUACUUUUCAAAACCCAAAGGGAAACAAAAAAUGUUCGGCCAUUUCAAUGUUUACAAAAUGUGGCUUCAAGUAAACUUUCAACGAACUAAGUCGUCUAAUUACAUUGAACUUGUUGUUAACAAUGAGUUAAUACUAUCGAUUUUUAUUCAGAUUAUGAC